CCCAGACCCAUACAUCCAGGAACUCCAACCCCACAUUGCUCAUCGCAAAUUCACGACUUGCAUCACCUCAUCCCGAUUCAUCGAGCUACAGGCGAGCUUCCCAUUGCUUCUCUUUGCAGCCUGUAUCACUCCACCGCCCGUCCUGUCAACUUACAGCACUCCUCAUACCCCGCCAUAGCUCCUGAACGACAUCCGCGCUAAGAAUGGAGGACAACUUCGAUUCAGUUCAGUGGCGCGACGACGACGAGGAUUCGGUAGAUGAUUUCGCACACCACGCCUCAUCUUCCGUCAAGAGCCCGGUUGGAGGAGCAAACGGCGGCAGUAGUUCAAGCUCCACAGAACACCAACACCAUCAGCAACUCUCGCCGGGACUGCAGGCGGGUCCGAACGCAGAUGCCCUCGAUCUUGCCGGCGUCGGCCGCGGAGUCCUGGAGACAUUUGUUUCCGACCCUCAGACCGAGGGUGAAGGUACUAAGGAUGCCUACGUGUCGUAUCGUGUCACAACCAAGACCGAUUUUCCGACGUUCCAAAAACCGCAUGUUGAUGUAAGGCGACGGUUCACCGACUUUGUAUACCUGUGGAAGACGCUUUCGCGAGAGUUUCCGGCUUGUGCGGUGCCGCCAUUACCGGAGAAGCAUAAGAUGGAGUACGUCCGCGGUGACCGUUUCGGACCCGAUUUUACGCAGCGCCGGGCCCAUUCCCUCCACCGUUUCCUGAAGCGAUUAACCCUCCACCCGUCGCUCCGACGGACCCCAAUACUGACCGUCUUCCUCGAAUCUCCCGACUGGAAUGCACAUAUGCGGUUGCGCCCAACGCGCGGCAACACCGGACAAGCCCCGGACAGCGGAGGAGGCGUGUUCGACGGCCUUACCGAUACUUUCUUGAAUGCGUUCUCAAAAGUCCACAAGCCCGACGAUCGCUUCAUCGUGGUCCGCGACCGCGCCGACAAGCUCGACGAGGACCUGACCCACGUGGAGAAGCUCAUCGCACGGGUAGUCCGCCGGGAAGCGGAUAUGGAGAGCGAUUACUCGGAUCUUUCGAAGGAGUUCUUGAAGAUCGUCGAGCUAGAGCCAGAGCUGGAUCAAACUAUUCGCGCGUUCUCCACAGGCGUCAAGGAGACCAGCGAAGGCUUGCGAGCGCUCAAGGAACAUACCGAUCAGGAUUAUCUGAGCUCGCUCAGGGACAUGGAGGCAUACAUCGGCGCCGUAAAACAGCUCCUGAAAUCCCGCGAGCAAAAGCAGCUGGACUAUGAAGGACUCAUGGAUUAUCGUGAACGCGCGAGCAUGGAGAGGGACCAUAUUGCGUCUGCGCCGGUGGGCUCGACAGGACUCGGCGGCCCAACCGGGUUCCUGAGGAGCAAGAUCGAGGAUGUCAGGGGCGUUGAUCACGAGGCGUCGAGGCGCGAAAGGGUCCGCAAGCUGGAACACAAGAUCGAUAUGCUCAACAAGGAGGCGGAGGAGGCAAGGAAGAUCACGGAAAGCUUUGACGAGGAGGUGUUGCGUGAGGUGGCGGAUUUUGAGAGGAUCAAAUGCAUUGAGAUGAAGGAUACGCUGGGCGGGCUGGCCGACGCGAAUGUCAAGUUCUACAAGGGCAUGGUCGAGACGUGGGAGAAGAUGCUGAAGCAGCUAGAUGAGCAGCCUGCGUAGCUAUCUGGCCGACGCGGUAAUGAUGUAGGUGUUGGUUGUAUGAAGGGUUUCUUUGCUGCUGCUGUAAUGCAUGCGUCGAUGUGAUGCGCUUGUUUCGUAUGUCUGCCUGCCUACGGCUUCACUUGUCGGCGUAAAAUUACCUGUACCGUACGAUCGCUUCACACAGCAAGCCACUGAGU